AUGGCUUUGCCGGCAAAUGCGCAAGAGGGUAGCGGCACAGCUGAAGGCAUAUAUUUAGAAAGUGAGAAAGACAGUGCUACUGUAUGUACUUGGCAAGCGAAGUUAAGAGGAUCAACGAACAAGUUUGUUGGCUAUGUUGGAUCAGUUGAGGAAGCCAUGACUGUAAUAAGACAAUAUGAACUGGAAGCAACAACAAAAUUCUCUUGUUUUAAAUCAGACAAAAUGUUUGGUGCUGGAGGUAAGAUAAUUAUGAAGUAACAAAAUAAUUAUGCACUUAUCAACUGAAAGCCGACCCCCCACCCCCGGGCCAAGGUGGGGGAACAAAGGGUGUUUGAUAAAAUUUGACAGCAUGUUUUGCCGUUGGGGGCUGGGGAUUUCUCAAGAUUUGCCAUGUUUUAUUUUUCUCCUGCAGGACUGUAGGUGGGGGCUUUAAAAGUUUAAGUGCCCCCUCAUGGGGGUUAAUCACCAUUGUAGUUGACCUGAAGUCAAAUCCCCACCCUGUCCUGGGGGUGGGGGAGGGGGGAUUUCAGUUGACAAGUGCAUAAACAAUAAGUUGGUCAUAAAAAGAUUAUAAUAAACAAUGCUGUGAUCUUAGAAAUUUUUCUUUUGUUGGGGGGGGGGAGAGAAAUAUGCUGGAGUAGAAUGUGCAUAUUCUAAACACAGUGGUAUUCAUGGCAUGAACAAUUUCUGAACCAAAGACAUGAAAUACCGUAAAAUUCCGAAAAUAAGGCCCGGGGCUUAUAUUUUUCAAAGGCCCUUUUUGAGGGGCUUAUUUUUGGAGGGGCUUAUAUUCGGAGGGGCUUAUAUACGGGAGGGAAAUUUGCGUUUCAAAAUCGAUUGGGCUAGCCUUAUAGUUAAAAGUAAAUUUACCGUUUUUGCUUUGUUUUAUUUUGUAUUUGAGGGCAAUUUUCCAAGUAAAAGCCCCCGGGGGGCUUAUAUUUGGAGGGGCGAUUUUACGGAGGGUUUUUUGCGUUACCAGUUUGGGGGGCUUAUACACGGAGGGGCUUAUUUUCGGAAUUUAACGGUAUCUUUAAAUCUAUGGUUGACUGAGUACUAUCUGCAAAGGGUGCAUGUAAUACAUUGGCUUGACUGUGGUGUAGGUUGCAUACCAGAUUACAAUCAAAAUUAUAAUAAACAAGGCUAUGCUCUAAGAAAAAAAAUUCGGGGAGCCCAAAACACUAACCCUUUGACAUUCUGGCUGCCCAGCAUAGUAAUUUUGGGUAAAAACUAAGAUUGCCUUCCUGCCGAAAAGCAACAGUAAGUCACCAGGGCCUUCUGAGGACUGCUAGAGUACAGCCCUAAUAAACAUAAUACAGACUUUCCUUGUUUCUAUGACACAGAUCCCUUUGCCAAGCAAAGAAAAGUCUAUUUCAAAGAUGACAAAAUUCCAUUUGAUGGAGUACCAUUCAGUAUAAUUGGCACCAAGGUAUUUGACUGCCAACAUGGACCAGACAGGAAAAAGUCAUUUAAAGCGAGACAUUCUGAAGAGAAGGUAUGUUGGUCAUGACUAAAAAAUAUCUGCAUUUUCAUUUCACAGCCACAGCCUUUUUGGUGCUUUUAGCACUAAACUGUAAGGAAUCUAUAAUAUUAAUCUUCUAACUACAGGUUGAUGAUCACUCAUUCAAAAGGAGGAGGUUUCUACCUCAAGACACAAUGAAGUUUGGCUGCCCUGCAAGUAUUCGUUUAUCAGAAGUCAUAAAGUAUUGCAAUUACAACGUACAAAACCACCAUCACAAUAGUGAUAAUAGCAAUUGACAUUAUACUUCCGCUCAGUAAAAUACAUCCCUUCAUUUCAUAACUUAUACUGUACUGUCUCUUAACUCUAUUAGAUCAGGGAUGACACAGAAAGGCUAAGAAGGGACAUGUCCAAAAAGCUGAAGACUGAUAUAACCAGCGCACAGAAACCCCAAGUGGAACGCAGAAUUUAUAUCCAAUUACCAAAGGAGGAUGAACACAAAGAUCACAUCACUGGAGAGGUCUGUUGAUGUCAAUGGAAAGAACUGGGACACUACCUUAACUUGAGAACAAUAAUAUUAACUUUUGUUUUUGGUUCUUUUUGUUUGAGUAAUAGUUGAAGGCUUACGGAAAAACACUUUGAAUGGGUGGGACAAGAGUUGAGUCAUUUUCAUAUAAACCUUCUAGUUUUUCAUGUAUAAAUCAUUAUGGUAAUUAUAGUUUCGGACAGGUAUUACUUUCCUAUGAAAAGGCAAGAAGGCAUGUGAAAGAAAGUCAAGUCAGACCUUCCACUCAAAGGCUAGGUCAGAAAGUACAACAGGUGUAUUGGUGGCUACAUGCUAUGUAGUGGUAACAAUCAUAGCCUAGGUCUGUAAAUGAAGUAAUGAUCAUGAUAAAAGGUCCAAGUUGUGUCUAGGACUAAAAUAGAAGCUGAUAAAAAAUAAACAAAAUUGUCUAGGAAUUAUUAUUUCAACUGAUUUGUUGCUAUUCUAUCCAAAUAAUUUGUUUUUUGAAUGUUGUUGUUGACAGAAGUGACAUUUCAUUCAUUACAUGUAAGUGUACAUUGUACCAGCAGUGCCUACAACUAUCAGCAUGGCUGUCAAAAUAUUUCUGUCAAAAAUGUAAUUCCAUUUUCAUUUUUCUCCUCAUGUAUCAAACAACCAGAUUGGUGGCAUUCUGCAGCCCAUCAACAUCGGCAAAGGUGUGAAAACUGUGGACAAAAUGAAAAGACAUCUUAGGCAAUUCGUAAAAACUGAACUAUUUCCAGGGCAAUCUCCACCAGCAUCAACAAACAGGCGCUAUUAUCCAACAGAUGUGGACAUCAGGAACCACAUGUAUCAGGCAUCAGUAAAAAAAAUCCUGUCCAAAUCUGAUCAGGAAAACCUUGAAAAGAAAAUUGAAAAUUGGUGUCAGGAGAACCCACCAGGCUCUUUCUAUUUUAGACCCUGUCCCCUAUCAGCCUCAUCAACAGCUUCUGAAAGCAUGAACAAUGAGGAAACACAUCAAAAUUGUGUGCGAGAUUAUCUUUUGUUUGCUCAUCAAACAGCCUGGCACAAGCAACUCAUGAUCUGUUACGGAAAUGAGAUCACCCUGCUUGAUGCAACCUACAAGACAAUGAGAUAUGAGCUCCCUCUAUUUUUCCUAGUGGUAAAGACAAAUGUAAAUUACAUAGUUGUGGGGUCUUUCAUAAUUCAACGGGAAACUACAGCCUCCAUACAGAAAGGACUAGGAAUCUUCCAUGAU